AUGCUGUGGCCGGAGUCACGCUGCUCUUCUUCCUGUUCGAACAGUGGGACAGCAGCCUGUACUGGUGGAUCUUUGCGUUUUGCAGCUCUGGCUGCCCACUGCAGCGCUUCCAUCUGCCUCUCCUUUUUCGUCUUUGAGCGCUGGGAGACGGUCACGUACUGGUACAUCAUGGGCUUUUGCAGAAACUCACCCUCAUCAUUCAGGAUGGCAAACAAGGAAAACCUCAGCAGUAUCUACAGUAGCCUUUCCACCUACCGCUUCAACAGCCAGGCUGCCAGCCCGCACCGCCUUCCGUAUAAGGAUACCAGCACUCCAUCCAGCACCUCCUCCAGCUCACUUCUGGUGCAGAGAGCCAUCACUAACAGUGCAAAGUAUGCCCCGAAAGUUGCCUGCGUCCAGAAUCCAGUUAUCCCAGGGAGGGUGCCUGUUGAACCCGCUUCUCUUGCUUUGCCCUUGGAGGAGGGCCCGGAGCCGAGGCGAGUGUUCACCAUUGACGAUUUUGAGAUCGGGAGGCCGCUGGGCAAAGGGAAGUUUGGCAACGUUUACCUGGCCCGGGAGAAAGGCUCCAAGUUCAUUGUGGCGCUGAAGGUGCUCUUCAAAUCCCACAUAGAGAAGGAUGGGGUGGAGCACCAGCUGCGGCGGGAGAUCGAGAUCCAGUGUCACCUCAGUCACCCCAACAUCCUGCGCCUGUACAACUAUUUCCACGACAAGAAGCGCGUCUUUCUGAUCCUGGAGUACGCCCCUCGCGGGGAGCUCUACAAGGAGCUGCAGAAGUACCGGCGUUUUGACGAUAGGAGGACUGCCACGUACAUGGAAGAGCUGGCCGAUGCCCUUCUGUACUGCCACAACAAGAAGGUGAUCCACCGCGAUAUCAAGCCCGAGAAUCUGCUCAUGGGGUUGAAGGGCGAGCUGAAGAUCGCGGAUUUCGGCUGGUCCGUGCACGCCCCCUCGCUCAGGAGGAAGACCUUGUGUGGGACCCUGGACUACUUGCCCCCCGAGAUGGUCGAAGGCAAGGGCCACAACGAGAAAGUGGACCUCUGGUGCGUUGGGAUCCUGUGCUAUGAGUUCCUGGUGGGCAGUCCCCCCUUUGAGAGUGCGUCCCACACCGAGACCUACCAGCGUAUUAUAUCGGUAGAUCUCAAGUUCCCACCGUUUGUGGCAGAAGGUGCCCGGGAUUUGAUUUCGAAGCUGCUGCGUCAUAACCCAGCUGAGCGCCUCCCGCUGCAAGCGGUGAUGGAGCACCCUUGGGUGAAAGCCAAUUCCAAGCGGGUGCUGCCCCCUGUCUUCAACCCGCUGCCCAUGAACCAGCACGGCAAGGAGAAACUGGACACCAGCUGAGCAUUGUCCCCAAUGGAUUGGGGUGCUGAGGUUUUUGGGGGGGCAUUACUGCAGGGUAUUGGGAGAGGGACUUCUUUUCUGGACUGCAAAUACAUUUGCUCCCCAAGAUUCACACUUGAAGAGCUGACAUGGACCGGGAUCUGGUUUCUGAGUGCUUGGGAAACACUGUGUGUGGGCACCAUCACCUGGAGGUAUCCGAGGAUUCACCCUUUUCCGUGCCCUGAUGGCUGACCACCUUCGGAGUCCUCCUGGCACUGCCACCAUGGUAUCAAACAUCUUGCAGGCCUUGGCCCUUGUUUUUUUUUUAUGAAUGAGCCAACCAUUUCCCAAACGGUAUGCCUGAUCUUUUGUGUAUAUAUUUUCUAUGGAACUGCUGUAAUUUUAAUAAACUUUUCUUCCAGA